CGUCUAUCAAGGGCCAGAGAGACAUGAUGUACUAUACAACCCACCGUUAGAAAAGUAGAUGCUGAAAAAGCGUUGUUGUUAGAAACAUAGGUGAUAGCAACCGAGGGUGAAGUGGACUGGAAGGAGAAAUGAGAGAACGGAUUCGGUUUGGUGGGGUUGUUGUCAUACAAGCCAACUCUAUACCAAACUCAAAAGGCGAUUGGUUUUUUCCCAACGUGAAGGUUAUGAACAGACGUUGGCUGCAAUGUCGAGCAAGGCACACGAGGGUUGCAUCAAAUGGACCAACCGAGCAGGCACGCUUCUUCUACCCGCACCCGCUAAAUAUGGGAGGGGAGACGUGGGUCCAAUCCAAUCUGUAUGCGGACCGGUUAAGGCUUGUGGACUCUCCUUAUUCUCUUUUCUUUUUUUUUCCUCUUCUCUCUUUCUCUUUUUUUUUCCUUCUUCUUUUUCUUCUCUCAUCUGAAUUUCCUUCAUCUCUGACAUCCUUCAUCUGGAGAUUCCCCUCGCGAAACACAGCAAACCCCAUCCGUCAGCUUGGAUUUAUACAUGAGCAUAUCGCACCGUUAGCCUUGAAUUAAGAGUCUAAAGAUAUCAGCUUGUGCAGACCUCCGUCCAUUUUUUUUUUAAAAAAAACUACUUCCCUCUCAAUUGUCUGUAUAUAUGGAUCCAGUCCAAUGCUCAGUUGUAGUGAUCAAUGGCUGCGACUGUCCUCGAUGUGUGCAAGCCGCACCCACCACAACCUAUCACAGUGACCAACCCAUAUUGCACCAAGUAUUUUCUCAAGUUGUAAUUGAAAAUCAUGGACAUGCAGCCCUGGCCGGCAUUCGCGAGCGCUUACAGAAAAAUUACAUGCCCACGAUACUCCUAAUUGAUCUCGACACUUGUCCUCAUGCCAAUCAGCUGGUUCAUCCUUCUAUUAGUUUACUGCAAGAUGUGGUCAAGGAACUUAAAGCUGGAACGCUGCAUGAUGUUGCUCCUGUCG